AUGGUCGUUGCACCCAAUACAAUGACAUACAUGCUGACUACACUCGUUGCUGGGUUUGCGGCCACAAUACUCCUGGUGGUUCGCUUCGUGGUCCAAGCCCGGCGACAUCCACUCGCAAAAUAUUCAGGGCCAUUCUUAGCACGAUACACUGAUCUUUGGGUGGCAUAUCAUGCCGUGAGAGGCGAUCUUGCCCACACUUUGGCAGCCUUGCAUGAGAAACAUGGAAUCUUCGUGCGAUUUGGCCCUAAUCGGCUGUCCACAAACUCGGCAGAGGCGCUUGAUCAGAUCUAUGGCUUUGGCUGCAAUACCAUCAAGGCACAAUGGUACUACUACUUCUCUGCAGACCCUCAGCAUCCCGCCACCAACACAGUCAUCGACCGUGACGACCACAAGCGAAAACGAGCGGUCCUGAACAGGGGCUUCACCUCCACCUCUUGGAAGCACCUCGAGCCCAAGAUCCUCAACGUCCUCCAUACCUGGAUACCAAACCUGGUAGAGGCUACCGAUUCCAAAGAUGGCUGGAGCGCACCUCGUGACAUGGCUGACUGGGCUGUCUAUUUGACCAACGAUGUCAUGGGCACGCUGUCUUUCAGCAACCCAUUCGGUCUCUCCACCUCGGACGAGCACCGCUGGAUCCUCCAGGCAGUCCCCCUAUCCACCCGUCUCCGCUAUGCCUGCUGCUUCGCACCCUGGCUGCUCACCUCGGGCAUCGACCGCUGGCUCUACCCGCAGCUCGACCAGUGGCGUGCCCGCAUCCGCGCCUUCUCCAGCGCCAUGCUGCAACGCCGUGUCGACCGGCAAGACGACAAGGCGCUGCACGACUUCUUCCGCUUCAUCCUCGACGCCCCGGACGCCAGGACCGGCGGGGCCGUCGACGCCCGCACGCUGGCGUCCGAGUCGAGCCUGCUGGUCAACGCAGGCGGCGACAGCACCGGCACCGCCCUCGCGGCCACCACCUUCUUCCUCGCGCACAACGCCCGCUGUCUGGACCGCGCGAGGGCGGAGGUCCGGUCCCGGUUCGCCAGCGCGGACGAGAUCGUCCCCGGCCCGGGGCUCGAGGAGUGCAGGUACCUCCGCGCCUGCAUCGACGAGGCCAUGCGCCUCGCGCCGCCCGCGCCCGCGCCGCUCCUGCGCGAGGUCCGGCCCGGCGGCCUGGAGACAGACGGGCAGGCCUUCCCUGCGGGCGUCGAGCUUGCUGUCUCGCCGUAUGCUAUCCAUCGGAACGGGGAAUACUACCCCGAUCCGCUGGCGUACAAGCCCGAGCGGUGGCUGGCGGACAGUGUUGGCUUGGAUGCGGUGAAGAAGGCGCAGUCGGCAUUUUGUCCUUUCAGCAUCGGUGCAAGACAGUGCCUUGGGAUGAAGUUGGCGUAUCUCGAGGUCACGCUUGCGCUGUGCUCGUUGCUCUGGAGGUAUGAUAUGAGACUGAUGCCUGGGCGGGAGGAGCAGGGGGUUGAUGAGAUGGGGAAUUACACGAUUAUUGAUUGCUUUGGCGCAGAGAAGCAUGGGCCUUGGGUGCAAUUCAGGGAAAGGGAUAGGAACACGUAG